AUGGACGCGGGCGGCCCCAGACCUCCCCCAACUCUCCUCGACCCUCUCCUUCUUCUUUCUCCCCCUCCGCCACCCGCCCCACACGCUGCCAAAAAAAACCCUCCAUUUGCAACCAUGGCCGGCCCGCCACCUCCCCCUCCGCCGCCCCCGCCCAUGGGUGCCCCGAAGCUCGAUCUUCCGCCCGGCCCGCCCCCCAAAAUGCCGCCGGGCCGCGACGCCUUGCUAGGCGACAUCCACAAAGGCAUGAAGCUCAAGAAAACCGUCACCGUGGACAAGUCCAAGCCGCUCCUCGGCGCAAAGGCGGCGCCCGCGGCCCCGGGGGGCUCGGGGGCCCCGCGCGGGCCGCCGCCGGGUUCGGGCCCGGUGCCCUCGGCGCCCCAGUUGGGCGAUAUCUUUGCCGGCGGCAUGCCCAAGCUCAAGUCCGUGAGGGACAACCGCUCGGGGAUCGUGCCGCCCGGCGCGCCACAGAUCCCGGCGCCACACCCCGUGCCCGCCGCGCCCCUGGCCAGGCCGCCGCCAAAACACCCCUUCCCGGUGCCUGCCGCCAGCCAUGCGCCUGCCGUGCCGGGCACGGCCCCGCCGCCGGCGCCGGCCCCCGCGCCUGCGGGCGCCUCCUUGAAGGUGCCCAAACUCCCGCCCAGCAGGCCCAAGAAACUGACGCACUUGAGGACGCUGUCCCACUCGUCGGUCGGCUCCAGCAGCAGCCACGCCGCUCCCCCGACGCCCAGCACGGCCCCGCCGCCCGUUCCCGUGUCGCUGGCAGACGCCGGAGCACCGGGCCCGGCCCCGGCCCCGGCCCUCCCGGGGGGGCUUCCGUUCUUGGCGGAGAUCAACGCCCGCCGCGCGGGCACUGCGGACACGCAAGCCCCCGGAGCGGGCCCCCGCUCGCCAGCAAUCCCCGUGGCCCCGCCGGCCGCCCAAGCGCCGCCGCCGCCGCCGCCUCCCCCGCCCAUGGGCUUGAAGCUCGACGCGGGCCCGCCGCCCCAGCCUCCAGCUGUGCCGCUGGCGCCGCCCCCGCCGCCCUCCAGCGUGCCCCCUAUGCAGCCAGCAACAGGGCCGCGGCCCGCUGCCGGCGGCGCGCUCCCAUUUCUCGAUCAGAUCAACGCGAAGCGAAACGACAGGUUUGUCGUGGACGACACGUCCUCAUACUCCGCGGCCCGCGGGCCUGGCGGGGACACGGACGUGCGACUGUCGUCCCCGCCUCCCAGAACGCACGCUGUGCCGCCGCCGGCCCGCUCCGGCCCGGCCGUGCCGCCUGCUCCACCCUCUUCCGUUUCGCCGCCUGUCCCACUGCCAUCCCCGGCGGCGGCGGUUCCGGCAGUUGUACCUGCUCCACCUGCUCCGCCUGCUCCACCGACUCCCUCAACUCCCUCAACUCCGUCAACCCCGGCAGUUCCACUAAAUCCACAACCUCUUCUGCAGAUCAAUCCUUUCUCCGGACUGGAUCCAAGAAACAAUGACCGGCUCAACAACCAACAGCCACCCAUGGCACCGCCACCCCUCCACAACACGCCGCAGGCUCCCCCUACGGCACCCCCUUCAUUACCCCCGUCGUUGCCUCCGUCCUCGCCUCCCCCAUCUUCCCAGACUCUGUCGCAACUGCUGUUCAAGACGAAAAAACCGGCGCCUCCCCCUCCGCCCAGCACUCUAGAUCAACAGCAGAAUGCCGGCCUGAGUCUUCGGAAGAUAUCUGCGCUGGCAUACACAAUCAACACCCUGCACCGAAAGACUUCCAGCGAGACGAAGAAGAUCGUCAUCGAGGACAAGAGGUUCAAGUUUGCCAACAAAAACGCGCUCCCGAGCCCUAGACGUUUCGAGGGAAAGGAGAAGUUGUACCCAAGCGGAAGAGGCUCGUCUAUCCCACUAGACUUGUCCUCCCUCAUAUAG